UUACCCUCAAUGUGCACACGACAAUCUAUAAAUAAUAGUUCAAAAGCAGCACACCAUCAUCGUGCCCUGUUAUAGCCUCCACCCACGCAGCUAGAUUCUCAUAUAAACCUCAAUUUUAAUCAUCAUUCCCACAGAAAAUCAAAUCAAACCAACUAAACUAGCGAUCUAAGUUAUGGAAGCUUAUUCCAGCUCUUACCCUGUGUCCAAGUCUAAUUCUAUGCUUCAUUCUGUGAGGAAGGCACAAGCAAAACCGUGGAAGAAAGCGCCGGUGGCACCACCGGCACCGACACCGAUCAGAGUGUACAAGGUGGAUGCUAUCAACUUCCGCGACCUUGUUCAGCGGCUUACGGGUGCACCCGGAUUCAACCCUGAACUUCAUAAUCAACUUUUCCAAAGGGUUUCACCUAUUGCUACCGCGCCCCCACAGGCAAUGUUGUCAAGCAGAGACAACAUCGUUGCACCAUCCUCAACUGUGUCCUCCGCUAACUGGUACCAGGAGCAGAAACCUCAAACAUUGGAGUUUAAUUUAUCAUCUUCCUCUUCUCAUAACUGGUGCUCUGUCCCUCGUACCACCCAAGGAACCAUGGCCACCUUGGAACCGGGUCGGGUUCUUUAGUUUUUCUAUUACUGUUUUCUUUUUAUUUUGCUUUUUAUUUUCUUGAUGCUAUAAUGAAAUAACAUAAUUUAAACUAUCUCCUUUAGCUACAUAUGUUCAAUCAUUUUGUCUGGUGCAGAUAGUUUUUGUCCACAAUUUGUUUCUUCUGGACUUCAGCUGUCUAGAUUCUAGAUCUAGCAUCCAGCAGAUGCUAGCUACACCUUUUUUUCAUUAUGUACUCUUUUGUAUAGAUGAAA